AUGGCUUAGGAAAAGCCAAGGUGUCUUUUUAUCGACCUCAUCCUUAGCGGCCAUAGCCGAAGCUUGAAAACUGAGUUCGUAGUUGCAGAGCUCCUCCGAAAUGCUGUCGAGGGAACAGCUGCUUCAUCUUUUCGAUCGAUUCUCUUUCCUCACAUCUCAGCCUGAGGUGAAGAAAAGAAUCGCAGAUGGUGUUGAGGACAAGCAGGAAGCUGUAGCUGUAACUACUGCGAUCCAGGAGGAGAUAUUUUUGGAGAUGGGGAUUGAUCCAAGAUUUGGCCUAUCGUGCCUGGGACAGGUGAAUGUUGAAUACGAGAAUGAUCAGGAUGUGAUGAUUCAGUUUUAUAAAUUCGUUGCAAGGGAGGAGAUGGCCUGCGAUGAAGCUGAGCUUGGAGCAGAUGAAUUUGCUGAAAGGAUGCAUAGUCAAGAACAAUUACAGGAACAGCAACUGGAGAUGCUAAAGCACAUGCGUAAAUUUCCCAUGGAUGAUCAAUCUGCAAUCCUCAAGAAGUUGCAUCAGCAGAUGGAAAACGCCAACUUUGAUGGUGCUGCAUCUGUUUUGUCACCGGAGCAGAUUCAGGAGACUGUUCGAAGGAGGGUGUCUCCUUUAUAUAACCCGAGAUAGAUUGGGAUAUGCAUCGGUGAUGCAAUGUAGUUUGUACUUUGUAUUUCAGACUCCAGUUUAAGUAUCAAUGCAUUUUAGUUAUUGAGUAA